AUGAGUUAUCCUGUGCAGUUGACCCAAUCCCUCACCACCAAGUCUGGAAUCCCCAUCACAUUCGGUACCGGUACCGGAACCAAAUGGCAAUGGUUGAAGAAAGGCAGAGGUGAAGACCAUCAGGGUACCAUUGAUCAGAACUUGGUUGACUUGAUCUUGCUUGCAAUUGAAAGUGGAUUCAACCAUAUUGAUACUGCUGAGUUCUACACUACCCAGCCCGAAGUAGGAGCUGCUUUGGCUCAAACUGAUAAGAAGAGAGAGGACUUGUUUAUCACUACCAAGUACUCCCCUGGUCACAGUAAGUUUCCAGCUCUUUCCAAUGGGCCUAAGGAGUUCUUUAGAAAGGCAUUGAAGGAUUUAGGGACAUCAUACAUUGAUUUGGUGAUGAUCCACCAUCCCUUUUUCAAUGCUGAGAGCCCCAAUUCGUUUGGGUACAGCUUGGGAUCUGCUUGGAAGGAACUUGUGGAUUUGAAGAAGGAAGGACUCAUUAGAUACUUGGGUGUUUCUAAUUAUGGUGUGAAACAUUUAGAAGAAACUUUCGCUGCCGUGGACCAUAAUCCUGAAUAUUAUCCAAUCGUUGAUCAGAUUGAGUUCCAUCCUUACUUACAAAGUCAAAGUGUUGGGAUCCAUGAGUUUGCUGCUAAGCAUAAUAUAUUGAUUGAAGCUUAUGGACCCUUAACUCCGCUCUUUAGAUUAAAGAAGAAGAAUGAUGAAGGGAAAGAAGAAUUUCUUACUCACCCAUUACAAGAGCUAUUACCUGUGUUAAGCUCAAAGUAUUCUAAAACUGACGCCCAAAUCUUAUUACGGUACACUUAUCAGAAGGGAAUUUUACCUGUGACUACUUCAUCUCAACGUCAACGGUUGAUUGAUGCCUUGGAUGUAGUCAAUUUCGAACUUGAACAAAGUGAUAUUGAUGAAAUUGAUAAGGUGGGUGCUUCAUUCCACUACAGAGGAUUCUUUGAAGGAUUGUUUUAG